AUGACAGAGGUUUUGCAGCAACAUAAAUUGAUCGUUUGGGAUGAAUGCACGAUGGCACAUAAAAAAUCUUUUGAUGCUUUAGACAGAACCUUAAAAGAUCAACAGAGCAAUCAGAACCGAUUUGAAACUAAAUGUAAGAAAAAGCUAGCAUCGGUAUUAAGUUCUUCUGAAAGUGAAGAAAGUGAAAUUGAUAAUAUUAAAAUGCCUCCUACUACCUACGUGACUCACAAUAAUGGUCAGAAGUCACUAAUAGCAGUGAUGAUGACUCAAUUGGAACGAGAAAAUAUUAAGCAGCUUGGCGGUGCAAGUUUUGAAAAGCAUGCAAGGAACGCGUUGGUGUUGACUGUUUCUGAUGUUAUGGCUUAUAACAUGAGUUGGACAGGUGUCAAAAAUACGAUUAAGAUCGACGGCUUAAUAUUUAUAAAAUUGAUCACAGAAAUUUUUCAACUGUUUAUUUCCAAUUGCAAGAAAGCAUAUACUCCCAGAGCUUAUUUAUGUGUAGAUGAAAUGUUAGUUCCAUUUAGAGGCAGAUGCAAAUUUCUUAUUUAUAUGCUGAAGAAGCCGUACAAGAUUUUGAAAAAAAACAAUCGCAAUAUUACAGCCGACAAUUGGUUUAGCUCUAUAGAAUUGAUGAAGCAGUUGAAAGAUAGAGGUCUGACGUUAUUUUUUAUUAUUCGGUCAACUAAAAGAGAAUUACCACUAAUUGCGAAGCAAAAGAAAGAUGAUAUGGAACAAUUUUCAUCGAAAUUUUUUACAACAGAUAAUUGUACUCUUACAAUCUAUAAAAGUAAGCCAACAAACAAAGUACUUUUACUUAGUUCUAAACAUAAAUUCGUUAAAGUAGAAAACAAUGAUAAACGUUUACCUGAAACUGUUUCAUAUUACAAUAAAACCAAAUAUGGUGUAGACAUGACCGAUCAAAUGGCGAGCAAAUUUACUACAAAAUCCAAGUCUUGCAGAUGGCCUCUCCAAGUUUUCUUCAAUAUCCUUGAUUUAGCUGGCAUAAAUGCCUGGAUUUUGUACAAGCAAACGACAGGAGCAAAUAUCUCGCGACAAUAUUUUUUACUCAAGCUAGCAGAAGAACUUGGAGCCGAUUUUCGACAAGUCCGUGAGCAACCAAAAUAA